AUGCCACCCUCCUGGGCAUCACCUCCCUGGACUAAUGAGAGCCGCUCACGUGAGCUGGAGUUCGUGCUGCUGGGCUUCUCACAUGUGCCCUCCCUGCGCCCAAUGCUUGCAGUGCUCUUCCUGGUCGCCUUUCUGCUCACGUUGCUAGGCAACACACUCAUCUUCAUUCUCACCAGCCUGGACCCAGGCCUGCGAGCACCCAUGUACUUCUUCCUGCGCCAGCUGGCGCUGGUGGAGAUCUGCUUCUCACUGGACAUGGCGCCCCGUCUGCUGGUGACCCUGCUGCGGCCUGGACGCGGGAUGUUCGCCACAAGCUGUGCUCUGCAGCUGCUUCUCGUGCUGUCCUUAGUCACAUCCGAGUGUUUCCUCCUCACAGUCAUGGCCUGGGACCGCUUCCUGGCCAUUUGUAGGCCUCUGCGAUAUGGUGCCAUCAUGAGCUUGAAGCUGUGCCACCUGCUGGCCGCCGCCUGCUGGCUCGCAGGAUUACCAGUAGCUCUCACCCACACCAUCUGGCUCUUUAAUUUCCCCUUCUGUGGGCCACUGGGUAUCCGGCACUACUUAUGUGACAUAGCACCUCUGCUGAGCCUGGUAUGCGCAGACACCAGAGACUUCGAGGCUAGUAUGUUCAUGGUCACAGUGUUAGUUAUCAUAGUUCCCUUCUGUCUUAUAGCUACGUCCUACAUCAUGAUUCUGGCUGCUGUCCUUCGGAUGCCAUCAGCCUCCGGGCGCCACAAGGCCCUGUCCACCUGUGCCUCCCACCUCAUCGUGGUGAUUCUGUUUUACGGCACUACUGGGGUCAUCCAUUUGCGCCCCAAAGCCAGCUACUCUCCUGAGAGCAAGCAAGUGGUGUCCCUGUCAUACACCAUUGUGACUCCCAUGCUCAACCCUCUCAUCUACAGCCUGCGGAACAAGGAGGUCAAGGCUGCCUUCGGGCGUGUCUUCAUUCAGAGACGAGGAACCUUUAUCCCCUGACCUCUAUAUGACUUCAUUUACCCUGUCCUUUGGGGAUCAUCUCUGCCCUAGUUGACUUGAGGAUCUCGAUGUGUGAUAUUAUUUCUUUUCUUUGAAAUGUAGAGACUCCAUAAUCGUCUUUAUUGCCUGCCCAGCUUCUCAUCUUUGGGAUGAUAACUGAACCUUUGCUGAAAACAAGAGUCUGAAGUCACCAUGACAGUUACCUCUCUCUUAGCUGAGCUCCUUCUCCAAGCAAGUCACGUGGUGGGUCCAUAGUUGACCGUCUUCUGAAUGAGGACAGAAAAACAUCACAGAGUUGAUCUCAACAGAUUUGAAACUCAGCUUUUGACCUAUAUUUCAGAAGCUAUACACCUUGACAAAUUAAGCUGAUUUUAAACCACCCAAAUAAAUCACUAUGACCUUGC